AUGAUCCGGCUUGGAUCGAAAGAGAAGAGGUGUUACACUUCACCACCUCCACCUUUGACAAGGUCCCAAACCUACCCGUUGGAGAGGAUUCGUCUAGAAAUGAAAGAGGAGAUUCUCAUGAAAUUGAAGGGAAAAUGCAUCUCGAAGUUCAUCAGCAUUUCUAAAUCCUGGUCAUCAAUAGUCUGUAGCAAACGUUUCACCAACUUGUACCUGAAUCAAUCUAUGGCUCCACCACGUAUCCUUUUCUCAUUGACCGUCCGUGGAGACAAUGAGAUGCAGCUCUUCUACUCUUGCUCUCAGGAGGAUCCAUCUUCUGAUCAUCAAACGUUUAGUGUCAUUAAGUUACCCAGUGACGGGUAUGUCCAAUAUCUGUCGCACUACGGCGAAAAGAUAGCUGCGGCGAAUAUAUUAGUCACCGGUACAUUUGACAUGUGGGUUCUUGAAGAUGCCAGCAAAUCACAUUGGUCACAAGUUUCAAUCGUGAUUCCUUCUUGGACAGAUUCAUAUGAUCAGUUUGAUUGUUUCACGUUAAGGGGUAGACUUGGCACUGGCGAGCUUGUAUUUGCACCGGUCUUUGUCACAGACCCGUUCUAUAUACUAUGUUACGAUCUCAAGGAAAACAGAGCUAGAAAAAUCCAGAUCGAAGGAAUUGGGACUCACUUAACGCAUAUACAUAUCUAUCUUGAUCAUGUUGAGAGUCCUAUGUUUCUGGAACUGUAA